AUGGGGGCCCUCUGGGUGCUGUUGUUUAGGGGGGGGCCCAUAAGAAGCCACGAAGAAGAAAAAGAAGAUAAAGAAGAAGAAGAAGAAGAAGAAACAGAAGGAGACAAAGAAGAAGAAGAAGAAGAAGAAGGUAAAGAUAAAGAAGAAGAAGAAGAAGAUAAAGAUGAUGAUGAUAAAGAAGAAGAAGGAGAAGAAGAUAAAGAAGAAGAUAUAGAAGGAGACAAAGAAGAAGAAGAAGAAGAAGAAGAAGAUAAAGAAGAAGAAGAAGAUAAAGAAGAGAGAGAAGAAGAAGAAAGAGAAGAAGAAGGAGAAGAGAGAGGUACUAGGGGACAGACAAGAAGAGGCACAUAA